ACGUCUUUGCGCCGACGACGAAAUCCUCAUCGCCUCCGCUCCUUGGACCAGAUCGUGCUUCACAAAAGACUCUUGCAACCCGGCUCCGCUUCAACCAACGCUCAACAUGGACGAGACACACCGGGCGCCCAAGAGCAGCUGCCACCCAGAGUCAUCGUCGUCCCUGCCGCUUUCGUGGACAGCCGUUUUCUGCGCUUUGCUCUCGUCUUCGUGCUGUGUGAUCCAGCUGGCCCUGAAUGCCCUCUCGUUUUCGUGCGCUGGCUUCUCUGUGUUGACGCCCUAUCGAGCGCACUUUGCCUCCCUGGCUGUGGCCCUCCACACACUGCGGAUGUGGAGCCCGGCCCGUCCGGGUGGACCGGUCGGCUUCAGAUGGCGGUCUCUGGCGCCGCUGGUGCUGUCGGCCCUGCUGAUGGCAUCUCCUGAGGUUGUGGCCUUCUUCAACACCCACGACAUCCAGCCGAUUCGGGGCGGACUGCCCAGCCCGUGGUCGCUGUGGACACCGACGGCCCUGGGUUGGCGGCCGCUCUGGGCUCCAACUCCAACAGAGCCGCAAGCUCGUGUUCAAGUUCAUUCUCCUUUUUCCAUUGCCCCAGAACGUCCGGAAGGAGAUGAUGCAGAAGAGUCGAGAAACCCGGUCUCACCCAAGGGAAAGCGCCACGAAGAGCAACGGAUCCAGCUUCCCGAGUCAAAGCGGCAGCAGAUCUGCUGGAUAUACAAGUUUGCGGUGCAGGGCAUCCAAUGCGAAGGAUGCGCCAACAGACUCAAAACAGGGCUCUAUCAAAAGCUUCAGCGCCGGUCUCGCCAAGCGCUGGACCAAACACUAUCGGCAUCGGCAUCGGCAUCGGCAUCGGCGCUCAUGGAGUCCGUCAGGAUCGAUAUUGAUCAAGUCCGCGUGCUUUUCGCAGAAUCAACGGUCACCGUCCAGACGAGGACAGGCUGGAUCAAGACACCGCCAUCGCAGCUGGAAGAUUCGGAGUGGGAAGAGCGGCUGGACCAGUGGGUCGUUGACGCCGUCGUGGAGGCGACCGCCGAGAUUGAGUUUCGAUAUGUGGUUGCGGCGAUGGGCAAGCUGGGGUGUGCGUGAUGCGAUGGAUCGGUGCUGGAUCGGUGCUG